UGGAGUGAUCCCAGCUUCGAAGGGGUUCUUUCCAGGCUUGCUUGAGAUUGCUGCGGAGAUCCGGGUCGGCUCGACGGAGCGGAGGAAACGAGAGUUUGAUGAAUCUGCCUGGCUUGAUGAUGUCAUCCAUUCUAUCCGGUGUUUUGUCCGAUAUCACACCGGGUGGGGUAUCAUCAUGGCCGUCAUAAAUUAUAAUCAGCUGCUCUCCCGUCCGGCGUUUCAGCGUAUCCACUCCGGGGGCGAAGGCUGUCGUGAUACGUGAAGGACUUGAUGCAAACUGUACACAGCUUCUCCUAAGUUUUGACCUUCAGCGUAAACAAACAAUUUACGGACUACUCUUAACUAGUCGAAUACCCUCACCUACCCUGACUCGCAAGACUACAUACAAUUGCCCUUGGUCAUCUUUCCACCCGACUCGCUUGGCUGGCUCAGGCCCCAGUGCUUCAGUGACGCGGGCUGUUGUAGUUUUUUUUUUUUUUUUCACACACAUACCCCACCACCACCACCAACAUCAUCUCCUAGCAUCUCCUAUAUAUGUUGCGUUAUGCGGGAAGGUUAAUGAUAUAAUAAGGAAUUCUCCACACCAGUAUUAACUCUUCGCGCUAUUGUCCCGAGAAAUAUACUCGUAAGAUGGGAAAACGAGUAAUCCUCAUGGCACGUUUUCUUUUCUUUUCUCCUUUUUUUUCAUCAAGCCAUAACGUGAUGAUGGUAGUCCAGCAACAUUAUCAGCCAAGGCGGCUAUUUGUCCACCUCAGUGGACCAAAGCUGAAAUUCGUCAAAGGAUUGCCUCUUUGAUGACCGGCCAUACAUGAGGCGGCCGGGCUAUUCUUAUGCCAAGUCCGUCAUCUACCCCCCCGUCUAAGCAGCCGUACCACGCCAUACCAAAGGCAUUUUACAGAUAUAAAAAAGGCUCUACAUCCUCUCUCUUUUUUAUUUUACCCCUGUCUCUCAACCACCAUCCCCUCCACUACUUCUUAUCGAAUUUGAAAAACCUAGUUUGUUUGUCUUUUGCCCAAGUCUACAGCCGAUCAGUCCAGCCACGAUGACCAAAUGGGAUAUUCGCAACUUGCCUCAAGAUGAGGAAGCCUUGUCAUCCGAUGACGAGAUAGAUUUGGGUGAAGUACGCGCCCCAAGAGACAGAGGCCAUACGUUCACCGAAACCAAGUCCAGUUUGGCCGAUCGUGAAUCCUUGUUACGAGAUUUGGCCCGAUUGGCAACGGUGUUUGAUGAUGUGCGCGAAAAGCGACCAGACGCAUUAACGCGAGUCGACGAAGAUGAUGGAUCGGAAGGCAUCGAAUGUCUUCAGGAAGGCUCCACCACUCCGGAUGAGUCCACUCCCCUCACAGCCGACACCAGUGCGGCCAAGCGCCAAAAAAUCACCCUCGAGUCGCCACCCCGCAACCCGGACACCAAUGGGAUCAGCCACAAGCAUCACGCUAGGAAGCCCUCAAUGAUCGACUGUCGUUCCAUACAAUCGCCGUCCAAGGAAAAGGAGAAACCCCAAGAAGUCAAACGGGACCCAGGCCACCAGGCUCAAAGCGGCAGCCAUCCCCACAAGAUCCCAGGGCCUGAGCAGCCCGGAGCGUUCGCCUACCCGGCGAAAUCUUCCAAGGCGUGAUCCCAACGACGCAAUAAGAAGAUACAAACGUAUGCUCGCACAGAUACCAAGCUAAUGUAUACCUUUGUUGAAAGAAUCACAAUGGAUCACAUUGUCCAUCACUCGUAUCUUCCCUGCUGCUCCAUAAAACGCUCUUCUAAACACACAUACAUAUAUAUAAACAU